AUGGCGGACAGGACAGCUCCUACAUGCCAGCUUCGCCUAGAGUGGGUCUAUGGGUACAGGGGCCACCAGUGCCGUAAUAACCUGUACUACACUGCCGGGAAGGAGGUGGUGUACUUUGUAGCUGGAGUCGGAGUGGUCUACAACACCAGGGAGCAUAGUCAGAAAUUCUUCCUAGGCCAUAACGAUGAUAUAAUAAGCCUUGCAUUACAUCCUGAUAGAACCCUGGUUGCCACAGGACAAGUGGGAAAAGACCCUUUCAUAUGUAUAUGGGAUUCAUACACAGUUCAAACAGUUUCUAUUCUGAAAGACGUGCACACGCAUGGCGUAGCGGGAUUGGCAUUUGAUUCGGAUGGACAGCGCUUGGCUUCUGUGGGAUUGGAUGCCAAAAACACAGUAUGCAUUUGGGAUUGGCAGAAAGGCAAAGUUUUGGCAACGGCGACAGGCCAUUCGGAUAGGAUAUUUGAUAUUUCCUGGGAUCCAUAUCAGCCGAACAGAUUGGUUAGCUGUGGCGUGAAACAUAUAAAGUUCUGGACCCUCUGUGGAAAUGCUCUCACUGCAAAACGGGGAAUAUUUGGCAAAACUGGGGAUCUGCAAACCAUCCUUUGUCUAUCAUGUGCAAGAGAUGACAUCACAUACUCAGGUGCAUUAAAUGGAGACAUCUAUGUGUGGAAAGGGCUGACGUUAGCUCGCACCAUUCAAGGCGCGCACAGUGCUGGUAUAUUUAGUAUGUAUGCCUGUGAAGAAGGUUUUGCUACUGGUGGAAGAGAUGGCUGCAUUCGACUGUGGGACAAUGACUUUAAACCAAUCACUAAAAUUGAUCUGAGGGAUAGCGAUCAAGGCUAUAAAGGUUUGUCUAUCCGGAGCGUGUGCUGGAAGGCAGACAGAAUUUUAGCUGGGACCCAGGAUAGUGAAAUAUUUGAAGUGAUGGUGCGAGAAAGAGACAAGCCAAUGUUAAUAAUGCAAGGCCAUUGUGAAGGCGAACUCUGGGCCCUGGCUAUGCAUCCCAAGAAGCCUUUGGCUGUCACUGGUAGUGAUGACCGCUCGGUAAGACUUUGGAGUCUUGCAGAUCAUGCACUGAUUGCUCGUUGUAAUAUGGAGGAGGCCGUUCGUAGUGUUGCAUUCAGUUCAGAUGGAUCCCAGCUUGCUCUUGGAAUGAAAGAUGGCUCUUUUACUGUACUCAGGGUUAGAGAUAUGACUGAGGUGGUUCAUAUCAAAGACAGGAAGGAAGUUAUCCAUGAGAUGAAGUUUUCACCAGAUGGUUCCUACCUCGCUGUGGGUUCUAAUGAUGGACUAGUAGAUAUUUAUGCAGUUGCCCAGAGAUACAAAAAAAUCGGAGAGUGCAAUAAGUCUUCCAGUUUCAUUACGCACCUUGACUGGUCAGUGGAUAGUAAAUACCUUCAAACUAAUGAUGGGGCUGGGGAAAGGCUUUUCUACAAGAUGCCAUCUGGAAAACAUCUUACAAGCAAGGAAGAGAUCAAAGCUAUUCAUUGGUUUUCAUGGACAUGUGUGGUGGGGCCGGAAGUCAGUGGUAUAUGGCCAAAAUACACUGAUAUUACAGAUAUCAACUCAGUGGAUGCAAAUUACAAGAGCACAGUCUUGGUGACUGGAGAUGAUUUUGGAUUGGUCAAAUUGUUUAGGUUUCCCAGCUUGAAAAAAGGGGCUAAAUUUCGUAAAUAUGUUGGCCAUUCAGCACAUGUGACUAAUGUCCGCUGGUCAAAUGACUUUCAAUGGGUGUUGAGUACUGGAGGAGCUGACCACUCGGUUUUCCAAUGGAGGUUUAUUCCAGAAGGCAUCACCAAUGGCAUUAUUGAAACUGCACCACAAGAGGGGAUCAUUGAUUCCUGCAGUGAAGAAUCUGAUUCAGAUGUGUCCGAUGUGCCAGAACUAGACUCGGAUAUUGAGCAGGAGACACAAAUCAAUUAUGAUCGUCAGGUUUACAAAGAAGAUCUACCUCAGCUAAAACAGCAAAAUAAAGAGAAACAGAAUCCGUUGCCUUCACUAAAAAGAGAAAAAGCACCAGAAGAAAGUUUAAAGCUAAAAUUUGUGCAUGGAUACAGAGGGUACGACUGCAGAAACAACUUGUUCUACACACAGACUGGCGAGGUGGUGUAUCACAUAGCGGCAGUCGCUGUGGUGUAUAACAGGGUGCAGCACUCACAAAGACUCUACCUGGGUCAUGAUGACGACAUCUUAAGCUUAGCCAUCCAUCCGGUCAAAGAUUAUGUUGCUACUGGUCAGAUUGGAAGAGAUGCAGCUAUUCAUGUGUGGGACACACAAACUCUCAAAUGCUUAUCAUUGCUAAAAGGACAGCAUCAAAGAGGAGUUAGUGCACUGGAUUUUUCAGCCGAUGGUAAAAGUCUGGUGUCCAUUGGCCUGGAUGAUAAUCAUACUAUCGUAUUUUGGGACUGGAAAAAAGGAGAAAAAAUUUCAACAACACGGGGGCACAAGGAUAAAAUUUUUGUUGUGAAAUGUAACCCACACCAUAUUGAUAAGCUGGUUACGGUUGGAAUUAAGCACAUCAAAUUUUGGCAGCAAACAGGAGGUGGAUUUACAUCCAAACGUGGUACAUUUGGCAAUGUAGGAAAAUUAGAGACAAUGAUGUGUGUUUCAUACGGACGGGCAGAAGACCUUGUUUUUUCAGGAGCUGCUACUGGGGACAUUUAUAUUUGGAAAGAUGUAUUGCUGCUUAAAACCAUUAAAGCACAUGAUGGCCCUGUCUUUGCUAUGUACGCAUUGGAUAAGGGCUUUGUAACAGGUGGCAAGGACGGAGUGGUGGAGCUUUGGGAUGAUAUGUUUGAGCGAUGUCUGAAAACAUAUGCUAUAAAACGAGCGUCACUUUCUUCUAGUUCUAAAGGCUUACUUUUAGAAGACAAUCCUUCAAUUCGUGCCAUCACUUUGGGACAUGGACACAUACUGGUCGGGACCAAAAAUGGAGAAAUACUUGAAAUUGAUAAAAGUGGCCCAAUAACUCUGCUGGUUCAGGGACAUAUGGAAGGUGAAGUUUGGGGUCUAGCAACUCACCCACAGCUGCCUUUAUGUGCCACAGUUAGUGAUGAUAAAACCUUAAGGAUAUGGGAACUUUCCUCAAAUCACCGCAUGCUGGCUGUGCGGAAACUAAAAAGAGGAGGACGAUGCUGUGCCUUUACUCCAGAUGGGAAAGCCUUGGCAGUAGGCCUGAACGAUGGCAGUUUUCUAGUCGUAAAUGCAGACACCCUUGAAGAUAUGGUAUCUUUCCACCACAGAAAGGAAAUGAUAGCAGAUAUCAAAUUUUCACCAGAUGCAGGGAAAUAUCUGGCAGUGGCUUCCCAUGAUAAUUUUGUAGAUAUUUAUAAUGUGUUGACCAGCAAACGAGUUGGUAUCUGUAAAGGUGCCUCAAGCUAUAUCACUCACAUCGACUGGGAUUCAAGAGGAAAAUUAUUACAAGUUAAUUCUGGUGCCAAAGAGCAAUUAUAUUUUGAAGCUCCAAGAGGAAAGAGAUACGUUAUUAAAGCCGCAGAGAUGGAGAAGAUAGAGUGGCACUCUUGGACUUGUGUACUUGGGUCUACGUGUGAAGGAAUAUGGCCUGCACAUAGUGAUGUUACUGAUGUGAAUGCAGCAUCUCUUACCAAAGAUGGAAAAUCAUUAGCUACAGGCGAUGAUUUUGGAUUUGUGAAACUUUUUUCAUACCCAGUUAAGGGUCGUGAUGCAAGAUUCAAGAAGUAUAUUGGACACAGUGCCCAUGUAACCAACGUUCGAUGGUUGUACGAUGAUUCUACCCUGCUGACUGUAGGUGGUGCUGAUACAGCUUUAAUGAUCUGGACUCGGGAGGCAUUUAGCAAUCUAGAAAAUAAACCUGUUGACAGUGAAGAGUCAGACACAGAUGCUGAAGAAGAUGGAGGUUAUGACAGCGAUGUUGCAAGAGAGAAAGCUAUUGAUUAUACCACUAAGAUCUACGCAGUGAGCAUUAGAGAAAUGGAAGGGACAAAACCACAUCAGCAAUUAAAAGAGGCUUCUGUGGAGGAAAGGUUCAGAUACCAAUGUAACCUGCCAAAAUCAGGUGAUAAUUUUGGUGUUUGCGAGUAUUUUGACCCCUGCUCAUCUCUAAUUUCUAUGAUCAUGCAAUUUCUGAAAAGGCAGGGAAUUGUCAAGGGAUCAAGACCAACAGUUAGCAGAGCAGCUCCUCAGCCAGAAAAGCUUCAAAAAAACAACAUCAAUAAAAAAAAGAAAGUCGUUGAGGACCUCUCCUUGGACCACGUUUUUGGGUAUAGAGGAUUUGAUUGUCGUAAUAACCUCCAUUACCUCAAUGAUGGCGCUGAUAUUGUAUUUCAUACAGCUGCUGCAGGCAUUGUGCAAAACCUUUCUACAGGAAGCCAGAGUUUCUAUCUGGAGCACACAGAUGAUAUACUUUGUCUGACUGUGAAUCAACAUCCCAAGUAUAAGAAUGUUAUUGCUACUGGUCAAAUUGGUGAAAUUGCUGAAUAUUCAGGGGCCACUCCUUCCAUUCAUAUCUGGGAUGCGAUGAGUAAGCAGACUUUGUCUAUUCUGAGAUGCUUUCAUGCCAAAGGAGUAGGGUACAUUAAUUUUAGUGCUACUGGGAAACUCCUGGUAUCAGUAGGAGUUGAUCCUGAACACACUAUAACAGUGUGGAGAUGGCAGGAAGGUGCCAAAGUUGCCAGUAAAGGAGGCCACAUGGAAAGAAUAUUUGUUGCUGAAUUCCGUCCAGAUUCUGACACACAAUUUGUAUCUGUUGGAGUAAAGCACAUAAAGUUCUGGACAUUGGCAGGAAGUGCUCUGCUUUACAAAAAAGGAAUUGUUGGAUCUGUAGACAAUGCCAAAAUGCAAACCAUGCUUUCUGUUGCCUUUGGUGCUAAUAGCCUCACUUUUACUGGUGCCAUAAAUGGAGAUGUGUAUGUUUGGAAAGAUCACUUCCUUAUCAGAUUAGUGGCAAAAGCUCAUACGGGACCAGUGUUUACAAUGUACACAACACUACGAGAUGGUUUGAUUGUAACUGGUGGAAAGGAGAGGCCGACAAAAGAAGGUGGUGCUGUUAAAUUAUGGGACCAGGAGAUGAAGCGUUGCCGGGCAUUUCAGUUGGAAACAGGCCAGACUUUGGAUUGUGUGCGCUCAGUCUGCAGAGGCAAGGGAAAGGUAUUGGUUGGAACCAAAGAUGGAGAAAUCAUUGAGGUUGGAGAAAAAAAUGCUGCUUCAAAUAUCCUCAUCAACGGCCACGUGGAAGGAGAGAUCUGGGGUUUAGCAACACAUCCCUCUAAAGACAUUUUCGUUACUGCAAGCAAUGAUGGGACUGCAAGAAUAUGGGACCUCAGUGAUAAAAAGCUGCUGAACAAAGUGAGUCUGGGUUAUGCCGCGUGCUGUGCUGCCUACAGCCCCAAUGGUGAAAUGGUUACUAUUGGUAUGAAAAAUGGAGAGUUUGUCAUUCUGCUUGUAAACUCUCUAAAAGUAUGGGGCAAAAAGCGAGAUCGCAAGGGCGCCAUCCAGGAUAUCAGGAUCAGUCCUGAUAACAGAUAUUUGGCAGUGGGUUCAGCAGAGAACACUGUUGAUUUUUAUGAUCUUAAUCAAGGUCCAUCUCUGAACAGAAUUGGUUACUGUAAAGACAUUCCUAGUUUUGUUAUUCAAAUGGAUUUUUCAGCCGACAGUAAAUAUAUUCAGGUAGCCACAGGUGCCUAUAGGCGUCAAAUACAUGAGGUGCCAUCAGGAAAGCAAAUAGUAGAUCUUUUGUUAAUAGAAAAGAUUACAUGGGCCACAUGGACAAGCAUACUCGGAGAUGAGGUCAUUGGCAUCUGGCCACGUAAUGCAGAGAAAGCAGAUGUCAACUGUGCCUGUGUGUCCCACGCUGGGCUGAAUAUUGUCACAGGAGAUGACUUUGGACUAGUAAAACUUUUUGACUUCCCUUGUACUGAAAAGUUUGCCAAACAUAAGCGUUACUUUGGUCAUUCGGCACAUGUAACCAACGUGCGUUUCUCACACGAUGACAAGUAUGUCAUAAGCACUGGAGGGGAUGACUGCAGUAUCCUCACGCUGUAUCCAAAGUCGGAAAUGCCGGCCCACUGUGUCUCCAUUUCUAAAGAGCCCCGGUUCUCUGCAUGGAUGCUUAACGGUUGCCCUGAGGGGGACAAUAGCAUUCCUGAGCUGCAGCCGUCUUUUCACAUACGGUCGUGA